GUCACUGGCGAAAGAAGAUGCUACAGCCCCCAGGUCGUGCGGACGUACCAGGCCUCGUAUGCGAUCCCACAGCCGCCAAUCCAUCCGGAGUCAGCAGCCAGCCGCACACAGGUUUGGCCCCAUGUCGUCCAGGGCAUCAACUGCAUCUUGGGCGACGCCGGUGUACCGCCGCCGCCCCUGAAGAAUCCCACCCUGAGCAUCCUGAUCAGAGAUUUCGAAAUGGAGAACCCCGGGCUGCCAGGCGACUGGGAAAGUGACCUGGGCGCUUGUGGCCGAUGUGCGAAGCACAUUAGCUCUAUGCUUCUUGAGCUCGCACUGGGGGACCGCAUCUUGGUGCCUCUGGCACCGGGUGGGCCGAGCGUUCCUGUGUCCAAAAAUGGACCCCAGGGUCAGCCCUCGCAGACUUGGCAGCAGGCCUUUGCCGCCCACUGCCCGGCUCUACAGGUAGCUCUGCGCCAGCCCAACACGGCCGAGGUGGAGUCUUGUUUCGCACAAGCCAGCUGCUCCAGCGCUGGCUCUCUGGGUUGGCGGACCGGAGAGGUCCAGCGAUUCAUGAGACUGUGCUUUGACUCACUGGGUCUCCCGCCUCCUCUUUGCCACCCAGCCGUGUGGUACCAGAUGCUCCGAGAGAUGACCACUGAUCCUGCGGCGCGGCUGGCGAAGGAGCGGGCAGGCGAGUUUCUGCAUCUCUUCCUGGAGCGGCUCCUCAGUUUCCAGUUGGCGCAGCAGGAGACGCAGCGAGCGUCGCAGCUCCAAGGGAGCAGCGCAUCUCUCGUCACUACGAAGGCCGAGGCAACAGCGCAUGUGGUCAACGGUGCCUGCAACUUUGUCGCGAGCCCGGACAUUAAAGGCUUCCAUCUGCAAGCACCGGUCACAGAACUGGCUGGCGCAUGUGCUGCAGUCAAAGAUGCUGCAGUGUUUGGACUUCUCGCAGACGCCCCGACAAAGGUUAGGCUUUCGUCGCACAUCAAGAUGGACGACGGCUGUUCGGUACCCUCCACAAUGACACCAGGCUCUGGGAAUGGUGUCGGGUCCCGUCGCGUCCUUGAAGAUGUGAUCCAGCUUCAGAGUGCCAGCGCCUCCGCUGCUUCUCCUGCUUUCACUCUGCCGGUGGCCUCGCCUCCGCGCCAAUCGGAAGCCAGGAAGUCCCCAAAGGCUCCCAGCCCAGGGGCUGGCGAGAUUCCCAGCCCGUCCUUCCCGACAAAGGGUCGCUGCGCUGCCACUUACAGCUUUGGACCUUUGACCUUCGCGAGGGAGGAGGUGCCAGUCUUGGCUUCACCUCCACAGCCACAGCAGGACCUUCAGCGCUCCGGCUUCGCAACGCUGGAAACUGCCGCGACGAGGGCUCCCUCGCACUUCGACAUCACUCAGCUGAAUCUAGGCGAGAGCCUUACGAAGCGGAGGCGUGUGGACGGCUUCUCAGUUUGUGAGGCAAUAGCAUUUGCUGAUGCUUGCGCAUGCAUCCCAAGGCUAAGGCCGGGCAUCGUCAAGGAACAUCUCGGGGGCACUGAGGCACUGACCUCGCUCAACGUCUCGAGCACCAGCGCCAGAUUUCACGCGAACCUCAAAGUAGAACCAUUUAUCGUCGUCGGCAUGGCUUGCCCAACCGGUGUGACUCAACUGAAGCACGAAGGUGACAAAGGCCCGGUCGUACUGGAAGUCAGCGCUGGUCCAUGCCGUGUUACUUACUUAGGUGGCAUCAUCGUUCGGGACGGUGAGAGCACCAAGUCUGCGCAGCUGGGAGACCGUCUGUCGACGGGUUCCCUGGUGGAGCAAGUGACUGUGAAAGGUGACCGCUUGCAGUACAAGCUUCUUGCCGGCGCAGGCUGUCCUGUCUACAUCGGAACAGUCCCAAAGUCGGCGGUGACGUUGGCGCAGCCGCCCGGAUUGCUUCUGGACCGGAGUCGCUGCAUGGCAAUCCCGCCCGCCGUCCAACAUCCUGCCACGAUCAUCAAGAGGGUCCACAAGGCAGCACCUCGAGUGACGAUGCGCAUCGUCCAGCCCGCAGCUAUGCCCUACAUGCAAGUGCGCUUCCCUGUGCAGCCAGUGUACCCGAUGUCUCGAGAGACGUCCUUCCUAGGAGGAUGUCCGAUGGCAUACUCCUCCGUGUACGUAAGCAAUCGCGUGGUUCUUCCGCCACGCGUCCUCGUGCGAGCCUAG